AUGGCGAGUAUCACCAAUUUGAAUAAGCCAAAAGACGCAUUUGAGCAGCUCGAAGACGAACACGGUGCUCGUCAAGGUUUUUGCCAUAUCAGGAUACAACAGCGUACUGGUCGCAAAACUAUCACUACUGUCCAAGGUGUGGGAACCGAAUACGACCUCAAGAGGAUUGUCAGUGAAAACCCGAUGCGUUGCUUCCGUAUCUGGCUUCUACUUCUCAUAUUCCGCCUUCUUGGAGUGCUACUCGUUCAAAGCUGGUUCGUCCCUGAUGAGACGUAUCAGUCAUGCGAAGUAGCUCACCGUGCUGUUUUCGGCACCGGUCAUCUUACCUGGGAGUGGUCAUACGCACUUCGCUCUCCAUUUCAUCCAGCAGUCAUUGCAGUCUUGUUCAAAGUUAUCCAACAUUUUAAAUUAGACUCUCAAACUGUUAUUGUCAAUGCACCUCGCGUUUUACACGCUUUCCUAUUCGCAUUAGGUGAUAUUUCCUUCUACAAAUUAUCACGCACAUUGUUGCCGUCGCCCAACAGUGCUUUCUAUUCAGCCGUCACCUAUAUCUCAGCAUGGUUCGUUUUUUACUGUGCACCACGAACCCUUUCGAACUGUUUAGAAACUGUGCUCACUCUGAUUGCGCUGCUUUGGUAUCCAUUCGGAAAUAGGCACCUCAAUGCUACGGUCUGGCCCUAUAUGUCCAUAGGCAUGAUGACCAUUGCUAUCCGUCCGACAGCAGCACUUUUAUGGAUAGUUCUUGGUUUCUCUCAUCUUUUGCGUCAUCCUAAUCCACUUCGUCUCCUUUUCCUUACGGUGUUGCCCGCGACUCUUCCUGUUUUGGUGUUAUCGACUGUCGUCGAUUCAUUAUGUUAUGCUCGUCCCACUUCUACAUUGUGGAACUUUCUUUCUUUCAAUGUUUUACAGGGUGGUAGUGCUAAAUUUGGAGUCCAUCCAUGGUAUUGGUACAUUACUGAGGGCCUCACAGCAGUACUUACUAUUCAGUUGAUUCCCAUUGUAAUUGGUGUAUUUAUUCCAUUCCGACCAACUUUACUGCCACUACUAGCUGCAACUUUCUAUGUUGCCUUCCAUUCUUUCCUACCACACAAAGAGCAUAGGUUUCUACUACCCGUAAUUCCUCUUCUUUGUUUGUAUGCCGGUUCAUUCUUCACGUCAAGACGUGUUAUGUUUCGACGCGUUAUAUUUUUUAUUAUGUUGAUGGCAAACGCUGCGUUAGCUCUUUAUUUCGGCGUUCGUCAUCAAAUUGGCCCUUACAAUGCCGCUGACUCGGUGCUGUCUAUGGCUCGAAAGGUGGGAAAUGCUUCCAUGGCGGCGCUUAUGCCGUGUUAUUCUAUGCCUGGGCAUUCCUACUUCCACAACGAUGUUUCCGUUAUCCGUAUGCUUGACUGUACUCCUAACGUAGGCAAUGGUGAGAGCAAUGAUGAAUCUGAUAAGUUCCAUGAUGAUCCAGAGAUGUGGUUGGAUCAACACCUAGACGAAGUCUUCUUGAAUUCAUACAUUGUCAUGUACGAGAAAACGUACUUGCGUAUGGUGAACACGUUCAUUCGUCUUCACUACUCCGUUUGCGAUCGUGUGUUCCAUUCGGAUUUUCUUGUUUCUGAGAGACAAGAUCACUACAUUGUCAUUCUUUAUGUCAUUUUCAAGCCUUCCAAUCACCGUCCUGCUCCUGUACUUUGCCUUAUCAUUAAAUGUGUUAAAUACCUUUUAGUUUUCGAGAAGUACAGCUGUAACGGUACAAUUGUUGAGCAUCCUGAAUACGGAGAGGUAAUGCAACUAAGUGGCGACCAAAGGCAACAAAUCAAGGAUUUCCUUGUAAAUGUUGGUAUCGUGAAGGAGGAGAACUGCAAAGUGCACGGAUUCUGA